CCCCGAAACAACACUUACUUUCCACUCAUUCUCACCCAGCGAAACUCCAUUUUCAAUUAAUACCUUCAAUAACUCUCUCCCUCUCUCCCCCACGUCCUCUGUCUCUCUCUCUAAAAGUUUCUCUCUCAUGGCGGUCGUUUCAUUAACCAAAUCUCUGCAACAUUCCUCUUCCAUCCCAACAAAUUAUUCACAUUUCUCCAAAACCCAUUUCAAUUCGAUUAGUUUUAAGAAAACCCAUUUGGGAAAUCAACCAAAAAUCAGUACCAAAUGGGGUAACAUAUCAUCAUUAGGUAGAGAGAGAAUCAGAAGAACAACAGAGUAUGUGAAUAGAAAACAGAGCGGAGGAUUGGUGGUGACGUGUACGGCAGAGGGAUUGGAGAGGGGGUUGCUGGUGGGAGGGAGAGGGCAAGAAGCUAAAUUCGCCGUACCGGAGAGGUUCAAGGUGGUGGCGUUAAUGGCGUGCGUGAUGUGUCUUUGUAAUGCGGAUAGAGUUGUCAUGUCCGUGGCUAUAGUCCCUCUCGCUGCCAAACAUGGCUGGAACAGCUCUUUCUUGGGCAUCGUUCAGUCCUCAUUUCUAUGGGGAUACAUAUUUUCAUCAGUUGUUGGUGGAGUUUUGGUAGACAAAUAUGGAGGAAAAAGAGUGAUCGCUUGGGGUGUGGCCUUGUGGUCUGUAGCCACUCUCCUCACGCCAUGGGUUGCAAACCACUCCACAACCAGCCUCUUGGCCGCUCGAGCGUUCUUUGGCCUUGCCGAAGGUGUAGCUUUACCUUCCAUGAAUACCCUUUUAUCAAGGUGGUUUCCAAGCCAUGAAAGAGCUACUGCAGUGGGGAUAUCUAUGGGAGGAUUUCAUCUUGGAAAUGUUGUGGGCUUAGUACUAACUCCCAUGGCCAUGUCAUCGAUUGGAAUAGCUGGCCCUUUCAUUUUAUUCUCGUCUUUCGGAUUCCUCUGGCUAACAACAUGGGCAUAUGGGGUUGCAAAUGAUCCGCGAGAAAGCCAAUUUAUCAGCAAAUCAGAGCUACGGUUGAUCCAAUCUGGGAAGUCUGAUGCUUCAAUAGACAAGGCCAAGCUUCCAUCUCUACGCCUCUUACUGUCAAAAUUACCCACAUGGGCAAUUAUCUUUGCGAAUGUUACUAACAAUUGGGGUUACUUCAUUCUUCUCUCAUGGAUGCCGGUUUAUUUCAAAACUGUAUUUAAUGUGAAUUUAAAACAAGCAGCUUGGUUUAGUGCGGUCCCAUGGGGAACAAUGGCGGUUUCAGGCUACGUUGCAGGAGUAGCAUCGGAUUUCUUAAUCAAAAAAGGGUAUUCUAUAACAUUAGUCCGGAAAAUCAUGCAGUCAAUCGGAUUCAUGGGGCCAGGGGUGUCAUUGCUGUUGUUGAACUAUGCAAAGACACCAGUAGUUGCAUCCAUGUUCAUCACAGCAGCCCUGAGCUUGAGCUCUUUCAGCCAAGCUGGAUUUCUCCUCAAUAUGCAAGAUAUCGCUCCACAGUCUGCAGGAUUCCUCCACGGCAUUUCAAAUUCAGUAGGGACACUGGCAGCAAUAGUGAGCACAAUAGGGACAGGUUACUUUGUGCAAUGGCUUGGAUCUUUUCAAGCAUUUCUUUCCCUCACUGCUGCUCUCUAUUUUGUCACUACCAUCUUCUGGAACCUCUACGCUACCGGCGACCGAGUCUUCUAGAAACUUCUUCCAACUAUAUUAGGAUAUAUCUGAGAAUACGCGAAAGAAAGAGGAGGGAUAUGCAAAUAUAUAUUUAUUAAAGGAUAAAAAUUUGAGUCAUUCUUUCGGGUAAGUAUAUGAUCUAUGUCAAAGAGUAGUUUUUUGUUUUGUACAGUUUGUUAUAUUUGUUAUGUGACAAUAUUUUUCUUUGUAUAAACUUUCAUAUUUUUGUUAGAUCUUAUGGAAAGAAGAAAAAUCAAAAGAGUCUUGAGUUUUUGGGAGGUUGACAACUAUGAUUAACAUCACAAUGUACAGAUAAAUUUCACAGUCCAAUGAUUUGAGGAUUGAAAAUGCAGCAAAAAUUGCGAAUUUUGUUAAAUUGAAAA